ACCCGCCCCCUGUCUGUCCCCUGCCUGCAGGGCCGGUAACAGGGAUCUUGUCCCCUCCAUGUGGCAGUUAUGUAGUAGAUAGGAUACAGUGGGAUACAGGUGACAGACCUGGCCAGUGUGACCUUACUCAUUGUGUAACAUGUCAGCUGCAGAGCAUUAAUAAGACACUGGCAGUGUGUGUGCUGCAGCCUGAGACCCCUCAAUGCCGUCACCUCCAUCAGUCACAUCAGUAUACAGGUUUAAAAUGUCAGAUGCCCGCUAGGUGGGUGCUACACUUAUAACGACCGCCACCCGCUGCAGAGACGCCAGGGUGUAUUAUAAAAUGCCAGUAUCAGAAGAGACUGACGUAACGUAUGUACCAAGAGUUUCUGCAGCAGCUGUGCCUGGGUCCACAAAUCUCCCUAUUUGCCAAUUGCAGGCCUGGUAUUUACUCUUAUUCUGUAGGCAACCUUAAUUUCUCCAUCCCGCCCGUAGGCUGCGGCAAUAAGACAUUAUUUUGUAUGUGUGCCAGCAGCCGUGCUGUUACUGUGCCCCAUGCUGUGUGCGAUGCCACCGUCCGCAUCAAUGCAGCAAGUAGGGGUGGGUAGCAUCCAGAAGCAGGCACAGGGAGAGCGGCACUUACUCCUCCAGGGGUCUUCCUCGCUCAUCCGCCCCAGGGGUUCCAAGAAUGUCAUCCUUCCUACACUGCAGAGGGUGUGGGUAGAAGGUAGGGGCUGUGGGUCUAGCAUGGCUGGAGACUCUGGUACUCCAUGUGGCUGCUCCCCUGCUGCUGCCUUAUUACGCGAUACAGCCCCCUUUUGACCCCCCCCCCAUCACUGGGCCUGCCUGAUUCCUGCCUUCUGUACCCUGCUACCCCUGCAUGUCUCCUGGGAAAUGAGUGCGUGACCUGUCAGCUGCUGGGACAGAGGAAUUCCAGCUGUGAGGAAACGGAGUCUUUAUUGCACGUCACAUGUUCUGUAUUCUCUCUGAAUAACUGAGGAUGGACAAGGACAGGAGUCACAGGACUAAGAGGAUAAUAAAAAUCACCCUUGAGAUCAUCUACCUGCUGACUGGGGAGGAUUACACAGUAGUGAAAAAGACAUCCGGUGAGUGUGAGACACCCAGCAGCCGCCAUCCUCAUGUGUCAGGAGGACUGAUUAGGACCCAGAGCCCCAUCACGGUGCCUCCACUCCACACACUGAUACAUGACACAGACAAUGACCAGAAGAUCCUGGAUCUCAUCAUCAAGAUCAUUCAGCUGCUGACUGGAGAGGUGCCUAUAAGGUGUCAGGAUGUCACUGUCUAUGUCUCCAUGCAGGAGGGGGAGUAUAUAGAGGAACACAGGGCUCUAUACAGGGACGUGAUGAUGGAGAAUCACCGUCCCCUCACAUCGCCCGGUAAGAGGAGACUGUCCUGUAUUGUACAGGGGAGAGCAGAUGGACCCAGUAACAGAGAUACUCCAGAGAGAUGUCCCCAUCCUCUGUAUUCCCAGGAUUGUACAGAGGAAAAUCACAGGAUCCCACAGGAGGAUCAGACUGAAAACCUGACUAAUGUUAAGGCAGAAGAUAUAGAGGGAGAAGAAGAGACGUAUGUGACUGAUAUAAAGGCAGAAGAUCUAGAAGGAGAAGAGACCUAUGUGACUGAUAUAAAGGCAGAACAUACAGAGGGAGAAGAAGAGACAUAUGUGACUUAUAUAAAGGCAGAAGAUAUAGACAAAGAAGGAGAGACGUAUGUGAGGAGUGAUCAACAGUGUAAGGAGGAGGAAAUCCCUACAGAUAUCAGCGCAGAAGAUGGACACAAAAGCAGGAACAUCUCAGAAGGACAUCUAAUGUUAUCCCCGGAUUGUGAAAUAAAAGAUGACAGUAGACAGGAUUCUCCAGGAGAUAAUCCCAUAACCCCAAUUAUACAUCCAUCUCGAUCAGCUGAUCCCCCUGAUUCUGGGGAAUGUUCUGUUGAUCACUCUAUUGGUGCAUCUGUUACUGCUCUGAGAGUAGAUACAGUGUUUCCCUGUUCUAUAGAUGCCAAAUGUUUUACACAGAACACAAAGCCUAUUACCCAUCAGCCAGCUAAGGCAGGUGAGAGGCCAUUCCCAUGUUCUGAGUGUGGGAAAUGUUUUACAUACAAAUCAAAUCUUAUUAUACACGAGAGAAUACAUACAGGCGAGAAACCAUUUCCAUGUUCUGAGUGUGGGAAAUGUUUUUCACACAAGUCAGCUCUGGUUAAGCAUCAGAGAACUCACACAGGUGAGAAACCAUUUUCCUGUUCCGAGUGUGGGAAAUGUUUUACACAGAUAUCAAAUCUAAUUAAACAUCAGAGAAGUCACACAGGUGAGAAGCCAUUUUCCUGUUCUGAGUGUGGGAAAUGUUUUCCAUACAAAUCAUAUCUUGUUAUGCAUGAGAGAAUACAUACAGGUGAGGGCCAACUUUCAUGCUCUGGGUGUGGGAAAUGUUUUACACACAAAUCUACUCUUGUUGCACAUGAGAGAAGUCACACAGGUGAGAAGCCAUUUUCGUGUCCUGAGUGUGGUAAAUGUUUUGCACGGAAAUCACAACUUGUUUCACAUCAAAAAAGUCACACAGGUGAGAAGCCAUUUCCAUGCUCUGAAUGUGGGAAAUGUUUUACACUAAAAACAGAUGUUGUUAAACAUCAGCGAACUCAUACAGGUGAGAAACCAUUUUCCUGUUCUGAGUGUGGGAAAUCUUUUACACAGAUAUCAAAUCUAAUUAUGCAUCAGAAAAUACACAGGUGAGAAGCCAUUUUCUGUUCUGAGUGGGAAAUGUUUUACAGUGAAAUCACAUUUUUUCACACAUGAGAAAAGUCAUGAGUGUGAGAAUUAAAUCAGCUGUUGUGUACAAUAAAUAUUGCACAGUGAGGAACCA